GACCUCGCCUUCUGCUGUGACGUAGCCAAGGCGGUGGGUUGCCCGGAUGAGGCAGGGUUCGGAGCUGUGUCAGCGACUGAGGCGAUGCGGCGGCAGCAGCGGCGGCAGUGGUAGCAGGAGAGCGCCGCUGGACGGUUGAGGAGCGCGAGGAGGAACAAGGGCUGUCUAGGUGAGGUGAAUGAUUUCUCCCUCUGUUAAUUCCCAUUGGGCUCACUUCUUGUGUUGCACCUCACCAAGGGGAGAAAGCCUGCAGUGAUUGGAAAUGGACAGAUAAGGUGACCAUGAUCAUGGACUGUGAAGAAAUCCCUGAGUUUUCAUGUCCAGAGGAAGAAACUGCAUACUGGAAGGAGUUAUCUUUGAAAUAUAAACAAAGUUUCCAGGAGGCCCGUGACGAGCUGGCAGAAUUUCAGGAGGGCAGCAGAGAACUGGAAGCAGAGUUGGAGGCUCAGCUGGUACAGGCUGAACAGAGGAACCGGGACUUGCAAGCAGACAACCAAAGAUUAAAGCAAGAAGUGGAAACUUUAAAGGAGAAACUUGAGCACCAGUAUUCACAAAGCUACAAGCAAGUGUCUUUGUUGGAGGAUGACUUGAGUCAGACCCGGGCAAUUAAAGACCAGCUGCAUAAAUAUGUGAGAGAGCUAGAGCAAUCCAAUGAUGACCUUGAGCGUGCUAAGAGGGCCACAAUUGUUUCCUUGGAAGACUUUGAACAAAGACUGAAUCAGGCCAUUGAGAGAAAUGCCUUUUUGGAAAGCGAGUUAGAUGACAAGGAAUCUCUGCUAGUUUCUGUACAAAGGCUGAAGGAUGAAGCAAGAGAUUUAAGGCAAGAAUUAGCAGUACGGGAAAGGCAACAGGAAGUGACCAGGAAGUCAGCUCCUAGUUCCCCAACCUUGGACUGUGAGAAGAUGGAUUCAGCUGUCCAAGCAUCACUCUCACUGCCAGCAACACCUGUUGGGAAAAGCUGUGAGAACAGCUUUCCCUCUCCAAAAGCUCUUCCCAACGGUUUUGGUACCAGUCCCCUUACUCCCUCUGCCAGAAUAUCUGCGCUCAAUAUUGUAGGUGAUCUCCUAAGGAAAGUUGGGGCCUUGGAAUCGAAAUUAGCUGCUUGUAGAAACUUUGCGAAGGACCAGGCAUCGCGGAAAUCUUACAUUUCAGGGAACAUAAACAGCAGCAUGAUCAACAGCAAUGGCAUGAAGUUCUGUCAUUCAGGACACACGACAUUCUAUGACAAAGCCCCCUGUAGUCUUCUCCCUGCCCCCAAUUGUCGCUGGAUCCUGAAACAGCCACGCAUGUUUAUGGACCCAACCCAAUCUGCUGCUGCCGCUGCCUUAUGAAUGGCCUGUGGUUGGGUGGUGGGACUGAUUGAGGUAACUCACACAUUGCUCUAUUGCUGGCUUUGCUGCUGUUCUGCUAGUAGCAAUUGUUUACACUGUUGACUGCCUAUGGUGCAUUGGAAUUGAGUGGCUGUUAAAUUGGGGUGUGGUGGGUACUGUCCUACCUAGUUACAUGCAGGAACAACUUGUUAAAGGCUGCUUAUAUUAUAAUAGUAGUAGUAGUAGUAAUAAUAAUAAUAAUAAUAAUUUAUUUAUUUAUACCCCGCCCAUCUGGCUGGGUUUCCCCAGCCACUCUGGGCGGCUUCCAACCGAAUAUUAAAAACAGUACAGCAUCGAACAUUAAAAACUUCCCUAAACAGGACCGCCUUCAGUUGUCUUCUAAAAGUAGAAUAGUUGCUUAUUGCCUUGACAUCUAUUGGGAGGGAGUUCCGCAGGGCGGGUGCCACUACCAAGAAGUUCCUCUGUCUGGUUCCCUGUAACCUCACUUCUCGCAAUGAGGGAACCGCCAGAAGGCCCUUGGUGCUGGAUCUCAGUGUCCGGGCUGAAUGAUGGCGGUGGAGACGCUCCUUCAGGUAUACAGGACCGAGGCCAUUUAGGGCUUUAAAGGUCAGUACCAACACUUUGAAUUGUGCUCGGAAACGUACUGGGAGCCAGUGUAGAUCUCUCAGGACCGGUGUUAUGUGGUCCCGGCGGCCACUCCCAGUCACUAGUCUAGCUGCCGCAUUCUGGAUUAAUUGCAGUUUCCGGGUCACCUUCAAAGGUAGCCCCACGUAGAGUGCAUUGCGGUAGUCCAAGCGGGAGAUAACCAGAGCAUGCACCACUCUGGCGAGACAGUCCAUUGGCAGGUAGGGUCUCAGCCUGCGUAUCAGAUGGAGCUGGUAGACAGCCGCCCUGGACACAGAAUUAACCUGUGCCUCCAUGGACAGCUGUGAGUCCAAAAUGACUCCCAGGCUGCACACCUGGUCCUUCAGGGGCACAAUUACCCCAUUCAGGACCAGGGAGUCCUUCACACCUGCCCACCUCCUGACCCCCCAAAACAGUACUUCUGUCUUGUCAAGAUUCAACCUCAAUCUGUUAGCCGCCAUCCAUCCUCCAACCGCCUCCAGGCACUCACACAGGACCUUCACCACCUUCACUGGUUCUGAUUUAAAAGAGAGGUAGAGCUGGGUGUCAUCUGCAUAUUGAUGAACACCCAGCCCAAACCCCCUGAUGAUCUCUCCCAGCGGCUUCAUAUAGAUAUUAAAAAGCAUGGGGGAAGAGAAUGGAAUCUGAGGCACCCCACAAGUGAGAGCCCAGGGGUCUGAACACUCAUCCCCCAACACCACUUUCUGAACACGGCCCAGGAGGAAGGAGCGGAACCACAGUAUGACAGUGCCCCCAGCUCCCAACCCCUCUAGACGGUCCAGAAGGAUGUUAUGGUCGAUGGUGUCAAAGGCCGCUAAGAGAUCCAGCAGGACUAGGAAACUGCUCUCACCUUUGUCCCUAGCCUGCCGGAGAUCAUCGAUCAUAUAUGGAAAGUUAACUAAGUCAGCUGUUGAAACUUCACAAGUGAGCUUGUUGGAAAUUUUGACUGAACCAGAGAAUAAACCAAUCAUUGAUGUCCUUGUAAUGUUGAGAAUUGGUGGUAGCUGAUAAGUGGCUGAGAUGACUUCAUGCGAACUCGUCUUUUGAACUCGUUAGACUAGGGAUGAGGAACCACAGGCCUGUGGGGUAUAUGUCAUCCCUAAGACAUCCCCCUCUGGCCUACAGUGUCCCCUUCCCUGCUACAAUUAAAUAUGAAAAAAGGCUGUUCCCAGAGCAUUUGUUUGUCACAGCUAGGAAGGAAAGUGUCAGCACUCCCUUUGCACCCAAACACCCCGUGCUCUGCAAUUAAACUUGAUAAAUAGCCUUCUGUGCCCUCAGUAGAAGGUUUUUCUCAAGCCUAAUUAUGAUGGCCCAUCACACCCCAUUUGCAGUCUCAAGAAGAUCAUCCUUCCUCCAGGAGUUGGGCUUCAAAACCCCAAAAAUACUGUUUUCAAGCCAAGUUCGUUGGGGGAGUGAAUGCAUGUGAUAUGAAGGCAGGUGUGUGUGUGUGUGUGUGUACAAUCCCUGGAGGGUUUAGAUCUCAUCCUGCUUUAGAUCUCAUUGCCAAGAGUACAGUUGGGUGUGUUCCUUGCUUGCAUUGUAGUAGAACACGUUUCUAUUGCAGAAUGAGAGCACCAUCAGCAGAGCACGCUUUAGAUCCCAGCCCAAGCCAGAAUUCUAUGCUGGUGUCUUUGUUAGCAUUAAUGUAUAGCGUUAUCAAAUUCUAAACACAUCUGUAUUGAUGUUGUACAAGCUAGUACUAUAAAUGGUCUCUGGUAGGCCAUUAAGGACCACUGACAAUAUUACUAGAAAUAUAUACAAUGUACAUGAAUGCCAGUUGUGCAGGCACAACCCUUGACAGCAAAGUGUUCCCAAAGCAAGGUAAACUGGAUUGAUUUUAGGCAACUCUAAUCUUGCUGUUUUAGUGCUAUGCUUGGUGGAAUUUGGAAAGCUUUAAUACUAGUUCCUACAUUGACUUCAAGAACCUCAACUUCAUUAGUGAUGCCUGGAAGUCUUUUGACGUAACAGAUGUUUUCAAUAUGAAUUGUUUCCAUCUCUCCUUUCUGGAUAGGUCAGAUUCCCUGCACAUUUCAUGGGUAAUUGCAACUGUUUUGGUGUGAUGCCUGAUGCUUGGAGAUGAGUGUGUGUCACCUAUCAGGAAAGCGUGGGGCUGACAGACUAAUCUUGUGACUGAAUUGGUUUUUGGUUUUUAUUGCCAUGUAACUAGAUUUAUAGAUUUUACGUAACAGGAUGCUAUACUUCUGUUGAACUCGUCCUUUUCAUGCAUGUCAUUUGAAUGGGACAAAUAUGUGCCAGAUUUGAGGUGUGUGUUGUGUACAGAAAUAAAACUUCCGGAAAUUUGCAAACCAUGGAAAAACAAACCUCCAGAAAUUUUGAGACAAAAUAAUAUAUAUAUAAGUACUUAUUUAUCAAUUUCGAACUUGAAUAUAAAAUGUUUUAUGUAAAUGUUAGUACUUUAGCAAACAGUAAAAUUUAA